AUGCUGCCCGCCGCGAGCCUCGCUCUGGAUCCAAGCACGCCUUCGUCUUCGUCGACGGAGACGCCGGUCUCUGAGCAGACGCUGACUCCGUCCGAGACUGAAGAUGCGCUCGUGCUGGAGGACGGCGUGCCGCAUUAUGUGUCUGGCAAACACUGGGUGUGGAUGGCCGAAGACAGCGAUAUCAAGUCGCUGCUCAACGAGAUGCAAACCGCUUCGUCAGAACCGGCAGACCAGAUGCUCUUUGAGCCGGCCGUGUCGCCCGCCAGCGCCUUUCUCCCGGCCACGCGCGAGGACUGCUACUUGCUGUUGAAUCUGUUCCUGGCCAACGUCGAUCCCAUGGUGCGAAUCAUCCACCGGCCGAGUCUGACGCGUCGCUUCGAUGUCUUUGUCGGCUGCCAUUAUUCCACCAGUCCGGCGCCGGCUGCCAGUGCCGGAACCCCCUUUGACGCCCUCGCCAUGGCCGUCUUCCUGGCGGCCAUCAACAGCAUCAAGGAGGCCGACGUGGUCUCGGUCUUCUCCACGAGUAAGGCCCAGCUGAUGCAUCGCUACCAGGCCGGCACCGAGUUCCAUCUCAGCCAGCAUCACUUCCUCACCACCCGCUCGUUUGAAGUGCUGCAGGCUCUCGUCAUCUUCAUAACAGCGAAAUGCCGCGAAGACGAGAUGGGCGAGGUCUACUCGCUCACGGGGCUGGCCAUCCGCAUCGCCAUGCUGCAGGGCCUGCAUCGCGACCCGCUGGCUCUGCGCCACGGCGUCGCCGUCGACAGCGUCGCCGUCGAGCUGCGCCGGCGUCUAUGGGCGCAGAUCUGCCAUCUCGACUACCGCGCCGCAGAGAGCCAUGGCUUGGUGCCCUCGAUCCGCGACUCGGACUUUGACACCCGGCUGCCAUUGAACAUCGACGACGGCGACCUGCAGCCGGCCCCGGGCGUGCUGCUCGUCGAUUGCCCGCGCUUCACCGACAUGACCAUGUAUCUGAUCCGCAUCACAGGCAUUGCCUCCUUCCGCCGCGUCGUGCAAAUCACCCGCGACGGCACCAACGGGACGACAGCCCAGCCACCGACCCUCAAUCAUUACCGCCAGCUCGUCGUCAAGGCGGAGCAGCUGGCCCGCGAUCUCGACGCCUCGCUCAGUCGCCUCCUGCCCCUGUGCGACGAGCGCAUCAGCAUCCAGGCCAUGGCGGUGCAUUACAGCCGGCGUCUCACCUGCAAGUUCUGGGUGAUGUUCUGGAUCCAGAUCCCCCGGCAGUAUCGCGAUCACAUCAUGACAGCAGAGACACGACAGAGAAUCUUCUCCGAUGCCGUCCUGACGAUUGAAAACUGGUGCAUGGCCGCCUCGGCGACAGAGGCCCAAGGCUUCCACUGGCAGAUCCAUUCGCACGCCGGCUUCUUCCCCAUCCUGUACGUCCUCUCCGAGCUGCGCAGCCCGGGCUUCCAGGCGCCAGACCUGGACGCGCUGCGUGCCCGAGGCCUGCAGGCCGUCACCAGCAUCGCGCACAUGCGGCAGACCUCGUCGGGGCCCUGGCCGUCCAUUACGCGCCUCGUCGAGCGCGUGUCGCAGAAUACCUCUCUCGCCGUGGAGCACAACCCUCUGCCUCUCCCGGAUCUCGCCAUGGACGAUCCCUUCGCCGGCCAGCUGGAUGGCUUUGAUUUCUUUGACUUUGCUGCUGCUGACCUGGCAUUCCAUUAG